AUGCCUCGUCCGGGGAAGAACUCGUACAGCGACCAGAAGCCUCCGUACUCGUACAUCUCGCUGACCGCCAUGGCCAUCCAGAGCUCGCAGGAGAAGAUGCUGCCGCUCAGCGACAUCUACAAGUUCAUCAUGGACCGCUUCCCCUACUACCGGGAGAACACGCAGAGGUGGCAGAACUCGCUGCGCCACAACCUCUCCUUCAACGACUGCUUCAUCAAGAUCCCCCGGCGCCCGGACCAGCCGGGCAAGGGCAGCUUCUGGGCCCUGCACCCCGACUGCGGGGACAUGUUCGAGAACGGCAGCUUCCUGCGCAGACGCAAGAGGUUCAAACUGAUGCGCUCCGAGCACCUGGCCAGCAAGAACCCGCCGAUGCUGCACUACUUCCACCACCAGCACCAGCAGGCCAAGCUGGGCAUCGGGGGGGCGGCGGCGGAGCCCCCGGGGGGGCUGGGCAGACUGCCUCAGUUCCAGACGUACAGCAUCAACGGGACGCAGCCGGGCGGCUUCAAGCAUCCCUUCGCCAUCGAGAACAUCAUAGGAAGAGACUACAAAGGCAUGAUGGCCGGUGGGCUGCCCAUCGCCUCGGUCAUGCACCACCUGGGCUACCCGGUGCCCACGCAGCUCAGCAGCGUGGUCAACUCCAUGUGGCCGCACGUGGGCAUGCUGUCCGAGUCCAUGGCCCCGGUGCCCGUGUCCUCCGAGUACGGGCCGUUCGGGGUGCCCAUGAAGAGCCUGUACCACCCGAGCGGACAGACCAUGCCCGCCGUGCCCGUGCCCAUCAAAGCCACGCCCGCCCUGGGCCAGGUGGCCGCGCUGCCGGGCCUCGGCUCGAGCCCGGGUCACUUCUGCACCUCCUCCUCUUCCUCCUCCACCUCCUCCUCCUCCUCCUCCUCCGCCUCAUCAUCCUCUCUCCUGGAGAAGGGCAUGGCUGAUUUAAGCGAGGUGAAGAGCGGCUCCCUGCACCCGGCUCUCCUGCUCUCGUAA